AUGCUGCGGCCGCUGCCCAAGCGCCUCGGGAGGUUACUGAGCCGCACCAUGAGCCACCGCGAGGCCGAUCCGCGCGCCGCCGGGAAGCGGGUCCUGGUGGCAGGGCUGGGGAAUUAUGGGCUCCGAGGAACCCGACAUAACGUGGGAAUGGCGGUGCUCAAUCAGCUGGCCCAGAAGUUGAACGUCGCUGACCAGUGGAAAGCGGACAGACGCUGCUGUGCAGACGUGACCAUCACUAAUGUGGAGGAAGCAGAGCUGGUGCUGAUGAAACCUCGGCGGCUCAUGAAUAUCAAUGGACUCAGUGUAGCAAGCGCUGCUGAAACUUACGACCUCGGGGUAGAAGACAUUUACCUGGUUCACGACGACCUGGACAAGCCGCUGGGGAAGAUGGCGAUAAAGCUGGGAGGCAGCGCAAGGGGGCAUAACGGGGUCCGUUCCUGCAUCAGCUCCCUGCACUCAGACUGCAUGGUGCGGCUCAGGGUUGGCAUCGGCCGGCCGGUGGGGGAAGCCAUGGUGGAUCGCUACGUGCUGGGACGGUUCACCAGCGCUGAGCACGAGGUCCUGCAGCGCGUCCUGGAGCAGGCGGCCGACCUCCUGCUGGAACACAUCCUGCAGAGGAGCAGCGGCAAGGACCACACACCCCCUGGCGACACGGGGGACAGGACACCUCAUUAA